CUGGCAGUGUCUGAAGGGGGGGAGGGAAGAGGGAGAAAACGAGAACUGGAGGGCUUGGAAGUUCAGGGGGGGAGCGGAGAGUGAGGCGGGAGCUGCUGUGCCAGAAAACAGCGCUGACGGCAUCUGACAAAGGAGGGAGGGGGGCGGCACGGGGGGCGCUCGGCCGCACCGGAGCAGUGUCGCAGCCUUCUUGGGAGAAAGUGGAGGGAAACCCCUCUCGUUCUCAAGGUAAUUUGGAGAUGGCACUUCAUGGUUGAAGAGCCCCUUGUGCGGUGGAAGGAAAGGCUGUCUUUUUCAUGUAGACUGCAACUACUACAUCAAACUUGGAGUGACUAGUUUUCACCCUAGUUUGGCAGCAUUGCUGCCCUGGCAUACACAGAUGAAUGAAGACUCCAUUUGGAAAGGCAGCCGCUCAGCGAUCAAGAGCUGAUGCAGCACAUGCAGGUGUUUCUGCAAAUAUGAUGAAGAAAAGGACCUCUCACAAGAAACAUCGAAGCAAUAUGGGACCAAGUAAACCAAUCUCUCAACCAAGAAGAAAUAUUGUAGGUUGUAGAAUACAGCAUGGCUGGAAAGAGGGCAGUGGUCCAAUAACUCAAUGGAAAGGAACUGUUUUGGAUCAAGUACCAGUUAACCCUUCUCUUUAUCUUAUAAAAUAUGAUGGAUUUGACUGUGUGUAUGGACUUGAGCUUCACAAGGAUGAAAGGGUGUCUGCUCUCGAAGUUCUUCCAGACAGAGUUGCAUCAUCUCGAAUCAGCGAUGCCCAUUUAGCAGACACAAUGAUUGGUAAAGCUGUAGAGCAUAUGUUUGAAACAGAAGAUGGCUCUAAGGAUGAAUGGAGGGGGAUGGUACUGGCACGAGCACCCAUUAUGAACACAUGGUUUUAUAUCACCUAUGAAAAGGACCCUGUCUUAUACAUGUAUCAACUUUUAGAUGACUACAAAGAAGGAGACCUUCGCAUUAUGCCAGAUUCAAGACAUUCUUCAUCCAUGCCAAAGAAUGACAAAGAUGAUUCUCCUCCGGCUGAAAGAGAACCUGGUGAGGUUGUUGACAGCCUGGUGGGGAAGCAAGUGGAAUAUGCCAAAGAAGAUGGCUCAAAAAGGACUGGCAUGGUUAUUCAUCAAGUUGAAGCCAAACCCUCUGUUUACUUCAUAAAGUUUGAUGACGAUUUCCAUAUUUAUGUCUACGAUUUGGUGAAGACAUCCUAAGUAGGAUUGUGGACAGCCUUGCCAAACUUGUGGAUCUAAAUAUAUGUAAAAAUUUGUAGAAAGACUUUGUUUUCUGGUUACAGAAAUGUUCAGAUAUUCCUGCGAACCCACAAUCCCUGGUGUUGCGUACAAAAGAAAGGGAAAAGUCAUUUUUCUUUUGAAGAACAUACUUGCCCAUCUUUCUCUUAAACAGGAGCAAACCACUUUCACAGGUUGACAUGUUUGGAUCUAGAGGAUGCUACGUUUUUGAACAUGAAUCUUUAAAGCUGAAGGUGUCUCAGUGCAAAGACGAGCUGAAGGCGUCUCCAUGCAAAGACGAGCAAGCCCAGCCAUGCAGAUUACGAAAUAACGGGAUAGAUGUGUAUUUCUAAGCACUCAUUCCUUGCUCUACAGAGAACUGUUUGGUAUGUCUAACGUCCGUAAACUAGGUGUCCAAUAUUUUAGCUUUCAGCGUCUUUGUUGAAGGCCGUAGGGGUAAUUGAUACUUGUGCUGUGAGUCCCAGCAAAUCAUUGCACUGUGAAGUAUUGACUUCGUUCACACCAACUUUGUGCCAAAUACUUGGCACAAUCCAGUUGAGUAUCGGCGGGAUGUUAAUUGGCUGUAAAUUGGCCUGAAGCUCCACAUUCAAUAUGGCAACACUAGUGCAGCUGUGUAAAUGAGAGAAAAUGUAUUGAUGCAAAAAUAAAGACCUAACAUUUCCUAAUUUUUUGCUUUACCGUGGACAUGAUGUUUUAGAUUGUGGGGCAGUUCUGCCCCAAGUUAAACUGUGUUGAAAGCAUAUUUCCAGUGUUAUGUUUGUCUUGUGAGUGAGAAGUGUCUCUGCUUCCCACGUGUU